UGCUGAACGCUUGGAUUCCUCUUGGAACUGUGGUGACUUGUGGAUAGCAGGGGUGCUCUGCUGAUUCAUUUUCAUCACUGUCAACAUGGUGAUCAAAGUAUUUGUAGCCACAUCUUCGGGGUCUACAGCGAUCAAAAAGAAACAGCAAGAAGUAGUGGGCUUUUUAGAGGCCAACAAGAUUGACUUUCAGCAAAUGGACAUAGCAGGUGAUGAAGACAACAGGAAAUGGAUGAGAGAGAAUGUCCCAGGUGAAAAAAAGCCUCAAAAUGGAAUUCCUCUUCCUCCACAGAUCUUCAAUGAGGAGCGGUACUGUGGGGAUUUUGAAUCCUUUUUCUCUGCUAAAGAAGAAAAUAUUAUUUAUUCAUUCCUGGGUCUUGCUCCUCCUCCAGGUACAAAGGAAUCUGAAAAGUCUGAUGCCACGGAUGAAACUGAGGCACACACAGAAGACAAGGGAGAUGAAGGGACUCAUGAAGAGGCUCAGUCUGCUCAGUCACCAUCAGAAGAUCAACAGGAAAGCAAGGAAGAACAUGCAGCCACAGGGGAAGAAGAAGAAAAGCAGGAAGAGGGAGAAGAAAAGGAAGAGGUAGAGGAGCAAGAAGAGUCUUAGUACGCUUCACUAUGACACAUUCUUUCUUGAACAGGCGUUCAGGUUAUGCAAAAUCCUUCACCUUGCCUUAUGUUUCUCCUGAAGUUUCUGGUGUGUGUAAGACCCCAACCACAAGGAUACAGUCUUCACUGAAGGAAAGGCAUGUUCCAGUCCCUCCUGCUGAAGCCUCGUCAAUCUUCAUGGAUACAUUCAUGUUUGCUGGGCCAGAGAGGCAGAGAAAAUUAAUCCAUGUUCAGGCUGUAACUCUUGGUUAGAAGUUCACUGGUGAGGAAGGAGCUUGGAUUUCAGUCCCUUGUAUGAUUACUUUUUAUGGGAUUUCUAAAAUCUGCUUAUAGAGGAAGGGAGGGGAUGAGAAAUGCUUAUUGCCAAAGUAGUCCAUAGCUUCAUAGGCAAAACAAUCUCCAAAGGAAGCACAGGUUUAUGUUUAGUUGAUCAAGAAGAGGCUGGCUUUUCAAGCUGCGAUCUCCUAUACUGUGAC